UGAAAACACAAAAAUGAAGACAUUUAAUGGUUUUGUUCUUUUGCUGGUUGGCAUGUUAUCAGCUUGCUGCAUUUCGGAAGGAGCUUCAAUCAGAGAAACAAAUGCUUUUAGUUGGCAAUGCAACAACACAGUGAUACACGCCCUUCAUCUGGGAGAAGAGUACUUCAUUGAGAGUGUUCUCUUCCCCUCUCUCGGAAUAUCAAGAAACUUUAUCAGAGCUGGAUCUCUUGCUGAAAGAAUUAUCAAUCAUCCUUUCUUCAACAAGUUAGUAGGGCUCUCAGUGGAACUUUUUAAGAACACGAUCUUGUCGUUUUUUAAGAAAGUGGCCGAAGAAAUUCCAUUUGUUCAAGAAGUGUUAGAGGCACUGAAUUUCUUUAAUAAUGAAAUUGCUUCUGCGGUUUGCCGAACGUCUGGCUUUAUGAUCGACCGAAUUGGCAAAAAGCGUGAUUUUGAAUCGUUAUAUUUCAAAAAUUAUUUUAGUAGAUUAACUUGGGAGGAGAAAAUUUUGUACGGGAUUAAAUAUUUGGUCACAUUAGUAGAGAAGGAUUGGGAAAGAUUUUAUAGUGAGCUAAAGGGGGACAUUGAGGGAUUUUUUAAUUAGUUAAAAAUGUUUAAUCUUUUUUUUUUUCAUCAGGGAAUAAAUUUGUUUUCGGAGAUUGAUUUCAAGACUUAAUAGUAUCCAAAAAACCCUGUUUUUCAACAGGUUUUAACAAACUUUUAUCAAAUAUACUCGGUAAGCCUACAUAGAGCCGUUGUACAUAUAUGUACCUGUAAGUUAUUACUCUUUUGUUUUCAUAAUAUGUUAUGUUUGUCUUGCGUAGCUUCUUUUGCUUUCACGGUAUCAAGAUAUCCGGUGAUGAUCGUCAACUUUAAUGGCGGUGGUGGU